GGCCGGACGGGAACGCUCGAGACCUUCCGGCAUGGGACGACGAAGAGGUGGGAGUUGGUGAGCGGCGCGACGCGACGUCUGUUAGUCCCGCAUGAACCGUCGCGGCGCCCGAAACACGCAUCAUCCAAAAAAAAAACCGUAUCAAAAACAAAAGCGCGCGCGCAAAAUAUACGCAAUUCUUUGAAAAUUUUCACAACAACAAAAAAAAAUCCAGUGUUUUCAUAGUGCCUUUCUGAUCGAGUGUAUUAAUUAAUUUUUUGGUGCAGUUCGGUGCUAAUGAGAUUAUUAACUUUCGCAAUGGAUUGGAGGAUUCUAAUUUGCAUCUUGAACGUUCUUCUUCAAGGUGGAAUGUCCUUGCACCUGGUGGAGCUGAGGAUACCGAGCCACGCUGUGAGAAAUCAGAGUGCCCGCUUGGAGUGCCACUUCGACCUGGACGGCGAGACACUCUACUCCGUGAAGUGGUACAAGGAUGGCAACGAGUUCUAUCGGUUCGUGCCACGAAACAUGCCUCCGGCCCAGGUGUUCCCUUUGCCUGGAGUCACGGUCGACAUGCACAACUCUACCGAGAGUCAGGUUGUGCUUUCCUCGGUUCAACUCUCCACCUCCGGCACCUACAGAUGCGAGGUUUCCGGCGAAGCACCGUUCUUCCAAACUGUCACCGAACAUGGACACAUGAUCGUCGUCGCCCUUCCAGAGGAGGAGCCGCGAAUAGCCGGCGGAAGGAACCGUUACCAGGUCGGAGACACGGUGAGGGUGAACUGCACGUCGGGAAGGUCGAAGCCGGCGGCUCAGCUGAACUGGUUCAUAAACGGGGAGAACGCUGAUCAGAGCUUCCUGAAGGGUCCGGAGACCUUCGUUACGGGCCGCGAGGGACUGGAGACGUCCGUCCUCGGGCUCGAGUUCGUCGUUAAGCCCAAGCAUUUCAAGCAGGGCGACAUGAAGUUGAAAUGCUUGGCCACGAUCGCCACCGUCUACUGGCGAAGUAAUGAAGAGUCCGUCGAGGGCGAGAGGCCUCAAAGGGCCUCCGUUCUCGAAAGUCGCGGCACCGUCGCACCGUCCGGAUCCAGGGCCGAUCGAGUUCAAGCAGCCGGAAGCAGCAGCAUCUUCGCCCAAGGAAUCACCGCCUGCGUCUUUUCCGGUUUCUUCGCCGCCGCCGUCCUCGUCGUCUUCAGGUAAUUUUCUCGAUUCCCAAUCACCGGAAGCGGAAAACUAGGGCGAUUUUGUUACGGACAACAAAGUGCGAUCGAGUGAGAAGUGUACAUUUAAUUUCCUCAAUUAAAUUUAAUUUUUUUUUAAGAACAUUCCUUGAUUAUUGUUACUCCACUCCGUGGUUUCGAAUCAAUUUUCCGUUCCAUCACUUCCCAAUAAAUAAAAGCAAAAUUAAGUAAUUGUUGUAAAAAAAACUGAGGAAAAGUAGUUUCGUAAGGCACUAAACUGAAUAGGAAAAAGAAGCUGAAAGAAGAAAAGUCUUGCGGGGGGUUUUCUUUAUUUAUUUUCCGAAUUCUUUGUGUACAUGUUAUAACUAAUUGACAAAUGGAAUGUAAAAUAUAAAAAAAUAAAUAAAUAAAGAAGCAGCAUGUAACGUUACAAUCAGAAAUCCUAUUUCUAGUCUUAUAUUAAUCGUAAUAACUGCCAACCUUUCUAAAUUUGUAUAUUGUUAUUACUAAUAACCUGGCGGAUUGUUCACUCUCUCUCCACAAAAAAAAUAAGACUCAAACAUGUGACUAAAAAAUUUAAACUUUGUUG